AUGGAUGGCAGCAUGGCUUUGUCAGAGCCAUCAUCGUGGUGGAAUGUCUGGGCCAAACCAGCAGAUGAGGUUUUGUCUGCAACCUCCUUUGCGACCUUCCUGCUGCUUUGCACUCUGGGCCUCACGCGUGCCAUGCUAGGACUCGCCUUGUGGCUCGGCAUGUUUCCCUUUUUGAUGGUUUCGAUUGUCGUUUAG